AUGCUGGCCACAAGUGCGAUCGCGAUAUUUUUAAUCGCAUGGAGUGCAAUAUUCCUUAUCGAUUAUGUCCUUCGUGUCGCUCAUUUCGAGCCAUAUCUUCGUUUAUCUCAUCGGUUCGGAAUUGAGGUUUCACCAUUCCAAAUUCGGUUUUAUGUAACCGCCCCACCCAAAGAAACAACUUUAUUGAAUGAUAAAGUUGAUAUUUUGGAUGAAGAGAAGAAAAGUGAUUUGUUUUUCGAGGAGUCUCGUCGAUCAAAAUGUCGAAAUUUAAUAGUACGCAUAUGGUUCGUAGUUGGUGUCGCUGCUUCAGUUAUCUGUUUGUUCGGAAUGACGUUCUACAUGUCACAUCUUCUACUUCGCGACGUCGGCCAAUGGAUGACUACUGCUCGACCUAAAGUAGCUGCUUAUAGAGGAAUGGAAUAUCGAUCUAUGCAUGAUGUUCUCACUUCAAUAUCACCACCCGAAGUGAAAACGACGACAGCACCAGAUGAAAUGCACGAUCCGGUUAUUAUUGACGAUUCAGAAUACGAUAUGAUUGAAGAUGGUCAGAAAUCAUCUUCACGUGGUUUGGUUCCAAUUAUACCAGGAUUCAAUCUUCCUUGGAGUCAUAUCCCAGUUUUCAUGAUUGUUCUCGUUGCUGCUGCUGUUUUUCAUGAACUUGGACACGCAUGGGCUGCGAUUUCUAACAAUGUAACUGUCAACGGAUUUGGAAUCUUCGUACUCGCAGUUUAUCCAGGGGCCUUCACUGAUAUCGAACCAGUUUCCCUGAAAAGAGCUACUCCUUUCCGUCGUCUUCAAAUAUUCGGAGCUGGAAUUUGGCAUAAUCUCCUUCUUGCUCUUCUUGCAUUUGGAAUGUUCCACCUGACCCCAGUUAUUUUAUCACCAGUGUUGGCUUAUGGCAAUGGCGUUUCAGUAAAAGGUGUGGACAUUCGAUCCGGCUUGUCAAAUUCACAAACAGGGCUUUUUUCGGGAGAUAUUGUGAAAAGUAUCGAUGAGUGUUCUGUAGAAACUACGGCAGACUGGUGGAGAUGUAUUCGGGAUUCGAAGAAUAUGCACAAUGGAAGAUGUGUUGACAAAGAAGCUGUUGAAGCAGCUACAUCAUUUAACCAUCGUACGGAGGCUGACGAAAUAUUGUGUUGCGAUGAGUUCAAUGUUACGACUGCCCAUGUUUGUUUCGAACGAGAAGAGAAGGUUGCUAAGGAAGUAGAAGCUCAAACACGCGCGCCUCAAUUGAAUGCUCUUCUUGGUUUAGAAGCACACGAUGAUACUCCGUAUGGUGCUGCAUUAGGCGCUGCUCCAGUUGAAGAAAAAACGGUUACAAAAUACAGUUGUCUUCAUGCGAGGCAUGUUGUUGAACAAGCCGUUUGUAACGUUAGCGACCCUUGCAAAAACGAAAAAGAUCAAGCGGAGAAAGUUUGUGUCUAUCCGGCUCUACACAAUGGAACAAGACUUGUAAAAAUAGGAUUAGCCAACCGAAACAAGCCAAUUCUUUUUGUGGGACAACUGAAUGAGAUGCUUGAAAUGGUUUCAAUUUCUCCUCUAACUCCUCGUUUCUCUUUUGUCCACAUUUCAUGGUUUGAACAUUUCGAAUUGGCUGUGAAAUACAUGUUCACACUAUCCCUUGCUCUUGGAUUGUUCAAUGCAAUGCCUGUUUAUGCAUUAGAUGGUCAAUUCAUAGUUCAAACAUUACUGAAAAGUUCUGGAUUGAGUCCCAGACGUCGAGAUCUAUUCCAAUACAUCAUUCUCCUCUUCGGAACUGUUGUCCUUGUUCUCAAUAUUCUCAUUGGUUUUAUUAAACUAGCCGUCAACUAG